AUGCAGGGACUGGGGAAGACAGAGAGAGGGGAGCAGGGCCGAGACAUCGACCUGACAUCGCUGAGAUCCACCAUGCCAGCCAGCGGCCCUCUGCAGGGUGGUUCGACCUCUAACCUGAACAUGAACCUGUAUGCCACUAAGAAGACCGCGGCUGAGGGCAUGCUGGACAUCGCUCUGUUCCUGGCUAACGUCACUCACAUGAAGACUGUCAUCGAACAGGGAGCUGGAUACAGGUACUACAUUGCCGUCCUGACCCUCAUCUCCUUCUCCCUGGCUCUUCAGAUAGUGGCUGGAGUCCUGAUCAUCAUCAUCGCUCGUUUUGAGCUGACCCUCCUCCCCUCUUAUCAGCGGUUGUUAAACUUUCUGAACAAUCUGAUCACCGGCAUCAUCUUCCUCACCCUCAUCGUCAACAUCAUCAAAGCCGCCUUUGGCACACAACGCAGCUGCUUCCUGCGAUGGAUGUUUCAGCGUUUCAUUCUAUGA